AUGCGAAACAACAAGGCAGACAACACCCAACGGCAAAAACUCCGCCUGGUAGAAAAGAGACAGCGGCAGCGACGCGUCUGGGAGCCUACAAUUGCGGUUAAGUUACUAGCAGUGCUUAUAAAUUCACAAAUAAAAUUGCUUAUAUAUGAACUUCUGGUAAAAGCAAAUCAAAUAGGUGUACUAAUAUUUUCACCCUGGACAUUCAUCCUGAACAAAAAAUAUAUUUAUAUUUCCAAAAAUGUUAAGUUAAAUUGCUAUCCAUAGCACUUGUAGUGCUAAAAUAUUGACCGCCAUUGUAGAUGGAGGAGAUCUGCUUGAGAGAGUGUGUGUGCCAAAAAGGUAAGCGGAGGGAGCGGAGUGGGCGGUGCAGGCUGCAGGAAGAGCCCCAAAGCUAGCGUGUGUGUGUGAGUGGGUCGCCAAAAGGAAAACAAAGUAUAAGUGGUGCCCAAAAAGAACGAUGCUCGAACGCAAAGUAACUCAUAUUCGCGAAAUCGCAAGCUUGAGACUGUG